CCAAUCCUUCCCGAAUGUGUGUGUACCGAUACAUACGGAACGGCUCACGACUUCUGCUAUCACCUUCCUGAAAAUGAGUCCAUUCAUGGACGCAGGUUUUCAUGCGAUUUCGUGGCCACCAUGGAUCGUCUAGGAUUGCUCAAUACGUCAGAUAUCCCAAUUGCUGUUGAUAAUUUUUCAAAUCCUGUGUUUGUAACGGCAUUUUCACUUAAUCACCAGCACGAGGCCAUCAAUCUUAUGGAGUCUAUAGCAAAGCAUUUCCCAAAACAACGUGUAAUUGCAUACGAUUUAGGAGGAGUGCAGAUAGAUUUUUCAAAGGAAACCCUGGCGGAGUUCGGUGCUAUCUGGUAUAUGGACAGUUCAGUAGUCUUCAAAAAGGGCGACCUAGAUCAUGUACACCAAUUAGUAAAGUGCAGAAAUGAAGUCGUCGAACGACCUCCACUAGAAUCUGUCGCUGAAAGGGAUAGACGAGAAAAAGAGACCAGGCACGAAAGUGGUUGGGAUAUCACACAGUGGAAGAGGAAUUUGGCAGAAUGCAGGAAGGCAGCAUAUCUCAUGCAUGGCUACAGUGGUCAUGGUAUUUAUCCCGCAACUUCUCCAGUGCCUCACUAUUCAGAGAUCUACAAAUUUAUUCCUACGAAUUUCACGGAAAUCAAAAAGCCAAAAGCGAAGAUGUAUGAGGCCGGUUUUGUCUUUGCCGUUAGAACAAGGGAUACUAUAGAACAGAUUAUGAAGUGGUAA